CAGCCGGCUUCAGCUGCCAUCAAACAAGGCUGCCUGCUCCUGCAUACCUCUGCGACUCGUAUUGUCCCUAACUUCUAUCCGAUCGUCUAUAAGUAUCCGGGUCCUCGAGCGCAGAAACGUCUCAGAUUGACCUCAACCACCUUCAUUCGGCGCACCUACAGCCUUGAGGGAUCAAAGAAUAGACGACUUGACGCCGCCGGAGGAUUGCCGACCUGAACACGAUGUCGGGUCAAGACUACUACAACACUCAAUACCCUCCUGAGCAGCACGGCUACAGCAACACCGGGGAACAAGGCUAUCAGCAAUGGCAACCUCCAUCUGGGCCCCCUCACGGCUACGGUGACCAGUCCUACAAUCAAGGCUAUGAUCAGAAUAGACCAUAUGACUAUGCAUCUCCGCCACCCCAAGACUACCAGCAGCCCUACGGUCAUCAUGGAGGUUAUCAAGCCCCAGAUGAACAAUAUACCCAUCAGUCAAAUCAAUAUACUUCCCCGCCACCCGACCAUUCUUAUCCUCAAUCCAAUUACCCCUCUCAGCCCCCUGACUAUGGUUACGGCGAUCAGGCUCACCGUGGCUACUCGCCUCAUCCCCCUCCUGCCCAAAGCCAAUAUGAGACUUUCACGCCACCACCGGGCCCGCCACCAUCUCACAUGGGGGGAGCUUACCCUCCGCAACCCGGUGCGCCUCUUGACCCCAAUGACCCAACCUCUCAGGAUCGCGGCCUCAUGGGCGCCGUAGCUGGAGGCGCACUAGGAGCCUACGGCGGCCAUAAAGUGCACCAUGGCUUUCUCGGUGCGGUAGGAGGCGCCAUAGCCGGCUCCAUGGCGGAGGACGCGCUCAAGAAGCACAAGAAGGAGAAGAAGAAGCUCCAGCGCCCAGCGGGGCUUCGUCGAGAUUCUUCCUCGUCCAGCUCGUCCUCCUCGAGCAGCAGUUCCUCGGACGACGAGAAGAAGAAAAAGAAGAAAUACGGCUUGGCGGCCGCGGGUGUGGGUGUGGCAGGCACAGCCGCGUACGGGAUGCACCAGCAUCAAAAACAGCAGCAGCAGCAGCAGCAGCAGCAGCAGGGGCACGACGCGGCCCAUCCGAUGCGCGGCAACUUCUCCGCCUCGGCCAACAGCAUCACCUUGGACAGGGACUACGACCUCAUCGCCUCCUGCACCAACGUGCACGGCGAGCACAAGCUCUCCUCCAUCUCACUGAACAACUGCCUCACCAACUCGCACGGACACUUCGCGUGGCAUCGCGGCGGCAACUUCGGCGCCAGCGCGCGGAAUGUCAGGUUAAUAGAGAAUGGCAGGAUUCUCGAAGCCGAGCUGGGCACGGGCGACGGGAGAUGGAACAGGGCUUGGGUCCGGCUUGACGAGCGCAUCAGCAACAAUGACGGGGAGUUGAUCUUUCUGGACUAGGUCUUGCGCAUCCAAAACGCCGAAAGCAUGGGACUGUGGAGGGAGAUCAUGCUGUGAAUGCGGGCUGGGAGAUGGAAGAUGUCUGACGAUGAUGAAUAUGAAUUCUUCAUUUAAACCACCCCCCUUUUUUUCCCUUGAAUAUCAGUUCAAUGUCAUUGCCACUUUCCUGACCGAGGAGGUCAACGGAGAAUCAGCGGCUGAGCAACAGCGGAUUUCAGUUCGGUGUGCUGGGGUUGUGCAUAAAGUCGCCACGCCGCCCCAAGUCGGCCUUUCCCGCGUCACAACACUGCACUGAUCCUCAAUAAGAAAUGCAGAAGGGGGGCCAUAGAGGCAAACGAGUCUCCCACACAGGAUGGCGUGCCUCGUAUACCGCGUAUCGAGUACUCAGCUCCAAUUUUCACCUCUCUUGGUCAAGGUGCCUACAUAUGUACUCCGU